AUGACUUUCUACAACUGCCCGUUUGAUCAUCUUUUGAUCUUGGACUUUGAAACAACUUCCGACGGAGAAAAGCACGACUAUCCAUUCGAAGUUAUUCAAUUCAGUGUUGUCCCACUUGAUCUCGAAGGAAUUGCGUUCAACAAAUUUGUUCGACCGGUAGUCAAUCCAAUUCUUUCAAACUAUUGCGCUGAUUUUACUGGCAUCAAGCAAGAGUUUCUCAAUGCUGCUGACACAUUUCUUGUGGUCUACAAGCAGUUUUUGGAGUGGCUUCAGAAAAAUGGAUUCCAAGAGAGAAAGUUGGCGAUUGUCUGUGACAGUAGUCAGGAUAUGUGGAGAAUUGCUCAGUACCAAUUUCGUUUGGUGCGCGAAACUAUGCCAUCAAUGUUCCGUCAGUGGAUAAAUAUCAAAAGGACUUUCGAUGACGGUCUCGAAGAUGGGCAGAAAAACAAACUUGUCGGAAAGAGUAACAUUGAAAAAAUGUCCAGUUAUCUGGGAAUUGAACUCUCUGGAAAAGCUCAUGACGCGUUGUCGGACUGUCUCAAUAUUGCAGCCAUCACACAGAAAAUUCUCGAAAUUGGUUGCCCAGUGACGAUCAACGAGAUGCUUUGCUGUUCAGCAAUUGUAAGUUCUUAA